CUCCUGCUGCUUGCUCGGCACGUUGGGUCUCGCCUCCCGCUUCCCCUCGCCCUUCGUCUUGACUUCCAACCCUCCCUCGCUCACCGUCUUUGCCACUUUGACCCGACUCUUCUACCAACGUAGAGCGCCUUCGCUGUUGUCGCUGCCAUGUCUGUCCAGCCUGGCCCCCUGGGCCUGCCUCAAACCACUUCGCUCUACAAACAAUCUGUUGCCACCAUCGAGCAACUCUACGCCUUUGCCCCUUUACAGCCACUCCUGUUCCCUGCGGGCCUGGCACAGACCUUUGGGGACGGCACCUUGAACAUUGUCAAUCCCAUCCACAUCCUCUGGCCGUUCCUGCGCUUCGGCAGUCCGCUGUGCAUCCUCGCCAACUAUUUUCCCGAAGUCCAGCCCAAGAUAGUCGUUCCUCCCCUCGCCGAGCUCGGAAGCCAGAAUGCAUGCAAGAAAAUGGUCUACGCUUUUCUGGUCGCAUGCAUCACCCUUGGCUUGAGCGAUGGUGAUCUCUUCGCCGUCUCGGAUAUAUUCAAGGACGACACCAAUGUUCUUGUUAAGAUUCUCCGGACAGUCGAUAUCCUAUUGUCUAUGCUCAAGAAUCGAGGCUUGCUGCCUCCACCCUGUCCGCUGCCGUUUCAAUCCUUGGAUGCCGAUUUAUCUGACAACCGCUCUAAAAUCAUCUACGAGAUUCUGCAGACCGAGCGGGUCUAUAUCGCGCAGCUCGAGACCCUGGUCGGCUACCGCGAGAGCCUAUUGUCAAAGAACGUCAUCUCCAAAGACACGGCUCACAUCCUCUUUGGCAACCUGAUUGAUCUCUUGGAUUUCCAGCGGCGCAUCCUAAUGUGGAUGGAGACAACGAUCGCGCUCGGUGACGAGCAUCGUAUCGGUCUUGUGUUCAUCCAAAAUGCGGGACACUUUUCUCAAUUCUAUGGCACCUACUGCUCAAACUUUGACUUUGCCUCAAAUACCCUCAUGGAGGAAAUACCAGCGCUCUCCAAGCUGCCCCACGAAACAUUUACGUCCCUUCAAGAUAUCCAGUCCUACUUGAUCAAGCCUAUCCAGCGCAUAUGCCGCUAUCCGCUCCUGCUCAAGGAGCUGUACAAGCUCUCCGAGAGCAGCUCCUAUUUGUAUCUCUCUGAGUUGAAUGAGGGCUAUGAAUCCGUCACAAAGGUUGCCGAGGAAGUGAACGAGAUCAAGCGUCAACAAGAGCUUCAGCACAUCAAGACAGAGUUGGUUGAGCUCGUCGACGACUGGAAGGGAUUGCAACUCAGCGACUUGGGCGAGCUUCUGCUCCAUAAUCGAAUCUUUAUCGAGGGAGUCGAUGAAACAGCCAGUCUGUAUCUCUUCCACAAUGCCCUUCUGGGAUUCCGUGAUAACCCUGGGCGCAAAAUUCGAGUCGGUCAGCGCGAGGAAGCGGCCUUGGUUUUGGUCGGCCUCGUGUACAUCAGCUGUAUCCAAGUGGUCCAGGAUGUUUCUCGGAGUGAUGCAAGCAGGAUCAAAGUGUUUUGGAGAGACGAGCGGGACAGCGAAAUGUUUGUUCUCAAGCUUCGCUCCCAGGAGCAGUACCGCCAGUGGAAGGAGCAGUUGGAGCAGCUGCUCGAGCGCUUCCGCAAUGGUAGUGCACGGGAUUCUGGCUACUCGGCAUCAACAACACCAACUGCCCGCCCGAGCAGUUCCUCAAGCGGCGAUCGACUUCGCCCUUCGAGCGGUGAUCCCCUGGCACCUUCAAACACGAGCUGGGAUCGACAGACAAACGGCACGACACAGCCCGAAGCCUCAUAUUUAUCGCCAGUACUUGGUCGUGCCAGCUCAAUGCGGGCUCAAGGGACCCCACGGCCAUCGGCGGCAGUUCCGAUUGCGAUACAGGCACCUUCCUCUCCGACCGUCUCGUCUUCAACUUCCUUCGAGGGCAUCAAUUUAGCGCGACAAGGCUCUCGUUCGGCAAGACCGAUAUCCCGACGGCCUUCGACAAAGGGGGGCGGUGAUUAUUUCUCUGGCUUGAUCGGCUCACCGCCCGGUGCCGAUUUUUCAGCGCUCGGUAUCAGUUCAUCCCCUCCCGUGCGACGCCAGAGCAUCAAAGCCCCUGCCCGACAAGUCCUUGUUUCGACAUCGAUCUUGAACACGGUUGAUGAAAAUCCCGCCAGUCGGCGAAUGAGGAGCCCGCAAAUACCCAAUGGCCUAACCAACCUAACGAACUCGCUUAAUGGCGGGGUAGCGCACGGUGGGGAAGCUAUCCGCCAAAUGCUUGCUCAGAAUCCUGUAGUUGGUGAGGCGAUGGAAACCGCUUCAAGAGCCUCAAAGCAUCAGUCGAUAUCUAAACUCCAGCAGCAGCAACUUCAGCUCGAGCUACUCCAAUCGGAGCUUGCUAUUGAAACAGCAAGCGAGCCUUAAUAUCCCCAGACGAUAGUAACAAUACGGCUCGUAAUUGAAGACAACGGAUUUCGUGAGUCGAUAUGAACAGCCAAGCCGCCGCGUCGUGUUGACAGCGCCAAGGAAAUAUGGAUCAAAUGUCCAUCGAGAGUAAUCAAUAAAGCCGAGACCAUCAGAUACCAGGUGUCCACUCUAUCCAGAAAAAAGGAA